UUCUGUUGUCUGCGCGUCAAUGGAGCGCGGUGUUGCUACAACAGUAGCAAGUUCAACUGCUUUGACAGAAGAGGGGCUUGUCACUCCAGAUCAUGAACGUGCACCUGUUGUGGAUGAACAUCAUGAUUAUUUGUAUCUGGUAAGUGACUAUUCUAUUAUAUGUCAUUCUAAAAUUCAGUUUUUGUAUAUGCUAACAUCAUUCUUUUCAUUGUAUCGAGUGGAGUUACAAAAAAGUUUGGAGAGGAGGUCGAAUGGGCGUACUCGAAAGACACCUGCAUCAUAUACAUCUCCAUCCCCUCGACAGGCAAAGAUAUCUCAUGAUUUGUUUCCUUCCCCUAGAGGGAAAUGAAUAGAAUGGGGUCCUAUGUCGUAUGCCUAUAUGGCAAUUUUGAACAUAUAUUUUGUAUUACGAAUAUGUGACAUUCUAUGUCCAUAUGGCUUUUGGCAAGCUCCUAUUUGACUUUAUUGGAUACCAUGUUGUAUGCCUAUAUGGCAAUUUUGAACAUAUGUUCUGUAUUACGAAUAUGUGAC